UAAAUGUAGAUAUUUGCUCAAACGCCUCACAAACAUGGAGUGAUGCGCAUCUGUGUAAUAAAUUUAUUAAAACAAAAAAAAAAGACUGAGUGUAAAUAAUAAAAAAAAAAUUAGAUAUUAGGUAUAAACAGUUAUUAAUAAUUAUAGUGAUUUAUCAAAAUGUCUGCUGUAGGUGAAAAUGAUGGUGAGAAGGUGCCUUUUGAAACAGCUAUAGACAAAACAGGUUUCGGAUUAUACAACCUGCUUCUCACGAGUCUAGCUGGUCUGGUCAUCAUAUCCUUCGCCUGCAUUGUCUACGGCAGCACCAUUAUUGUGCCGUCCAGCGCUUGUGAGCUGGAAACCACGGCCGCCCAGCAGGGGUUACUGGCCUCGGCACCUAUUAUAGGAACUAUAAUCGGCGCCAUCUUGUGGGGCUACCUCGCAGACAGGAAGGGCCGUCGCAGCAUGCUUUUCGUGUCGUUGCUGAGCGGCGCAGGAGUGAAUGCUGUGGCUAGUAUCUCUGUCAACUGGAUCAUGUUAUUGAUAUUGCAGUUCAUCGCUUCUUUAUUGUCAUCAGGCCAGUACACCAUAUCGAUGACAAUCCUAAGCGAGAGCGUGCCAAUGGCUAAGAGGAACCUGGUCGUUUUGCUAGUCACCAGCAUCUUCUUGCUUGCCCAGGGUAUAAUGGCAGUGCUGGCGAUACCCAUAAUUCCACUGACCUUCUCAUACUCGCUCUCUGGUUUGGGCAUCACGUGGAACUCCUGGAGGACCCUGAUGCUGGUCUACUGCGCGCCCAGUGUACUCUGUGCUUUAUGGCUGUUCUUUAUGCAGGAAAGCCCCAAAUAUACACUAGCUAAGGGUGAUGAAGCGGAGACCCUCAGGAUAUUGAACGUUAUAUACAAGAUAAACAACAGGCACGCCUCAGAAGAAUUGCAGGUGAAGGGAAUAAUUGCUGAAACAAAGUCGGACGAGUCUUCAGCCAAGGCCCAGGUGGUACCUCUCUUCAAGAUGCCCCUGCUGAAGUACACGCUUAUCAUGACCACUCUAUCUAUUUUCCACCAAAUCACAGCAUUUGGCGUGUGGUUGCCGACGAUUGCGAACCAAUAUGUCAGUUUGCUGGAGACCGGGGAGGGCACCGACCUGACCAUCUGUGGCAUUAUCAACACUGAAUUGGAUACUGUUUCAGAUCCUGACGCUACUCCGUGCGCGCUGAACGUCACCGCUUUGCUAAUAGUAUUGGUAGUAGGAGCUCUUCAGUCAGUCUUUAACUUGAUAGUCAGCGUUUUAGUGGAUCGGGUCGGUCGUAGGAACACAGCAAUGGCGAUCACAGCCUUCUGCGGAACCUGCGGGAUCCUCGUCAACUUGGUGCCCAACGCUAUGGCCAGCUUGAUCCUGUUCGGACUGUACCUCAUGGCCAUGAUGGUCUUGGGGUUGUACACAGCCAUCAGCGUGGCUCUGUUCCCGACCAAUUUAAGAGCGCUGGCAGUGUCCCUGACGAUGACAGGCGGCAGAGUGUUCAGCUUCGCUUCCAUCCAGAUCCUCAACUUUCUGCUCAUCAACAACUGCGAAGUCGGCUUCUACGUGUAUGCCUCUAUAUUGGCAUCAUCAGCAAUAGUGGCGUCGUUCCUACCUGACGAUCGACUGCUUCGGAAACAGAUGCAGAAGAAAGCAAUUGAGAGUCCAGAUAGCGAAGAUCGCGUGAAAUGACGAUAGUUAUAUCAUUAGAUGUUUAAUUAAUUGUAAU